AUGAAUCAAGCUGCCAGAGGUUCACGAGUCGUCUUUGUGGGCAAUAUUCCUUUUGAGCUCACAGAGGAACAGCUCAUUGACGUGUUCAAGGAAGUCGGACCUGUAGCGUCUUUUCGUUUAUUAUUUGAUCGUGAAAGCGGACGACCGAAAGGUUAUGGAUUUUGCGAGUUUUAUGAUGCCGAAACAGCUGCAAGUGCCGUACGCAAUCUAAACGAUUAUGAAGUUGGCGGUAGACAGUUGAGAGUUGAUUAUGCCGCCAUGGACGAUCACCAGCGUUCGGCCGGUCCACACAAUAAGCACGCACCACAACAGCCAACCCCAUCACAGCAUGCCCCACCUCCGAUGCCACAGGUAAGACCAUCACUAUUUCAUCGUACAUGGGAUAGGGAAUUAGGAAACGCCAUGUCUCCAGGACCAGCGGCUGGUAAACCCGGGGCUGCGCCUGUAUCCUCCGUGGUCGAAAUUUCAAAAGUGCUUGCUUCCAUGAGUCCCCAAGAUUUGUUCACCUUGAUGAGUCAGAUGAAGCAAAUGUGUUUUGAAAAACCGGAUGCUGCACGUGAUUUCUUAACGGCCAACCCUCAAGUAUCGUAUGCGUUAUUUCAGGCCAUGGUGAUGAUGAAUAUUGUGGAUCCAAAUAUUAUUACUAGAAUCAUGAGUAGUCCUGCUGUACCUGCUGCGCCUGCUCCCGCGGCUGCUGCUUCACCUGUCGUCAAUGUUGCCACCCCUCCUCCUGCCGUCAUGCAAACGCCCGUUCAGCCUUCCAUGCCACCCAUGCCAACCAUGCCAGUUAUUCCUCCGUCACAACCACCGCAACCCCCCGUGAAUCAUACUAUGCCAUUCCCUGCUGCCGAACAACAAAAGGCGUUAUUGAUGCAAGUGUUGCAGCUAACCGAAGAACAAAUCAACGCGCUUCCACCCGAGCAUCGCGAACAAAUUCGACUAUUGGUAAAUUUUUCUUUGCACAAAAAAUGUCGGAUCGAUAUCUGCGUGGGUUGCUAA